AUAUGCUUUUAAUGAACAGCCUGAGCUUUAUGAACCUGAAUGAUCAGUUUGUCGUGUUGUUCCGGAGACUUUUACUUUGAAAUGACGCAGAGGCGGAAAUGGAGUAGUGUGCUCAGUGCUCAACCUGUUCGCGUGGAAUGACUGGCUUCCUGUCAUUUCAGUGUAUUAGUAGAAGUUUACAAUGGCAGUGCAACGCCGAGGAAACGUUAAAUCCGCAGACACGAGUACCAUUGAGAAAAAAAUUAAAAGGGGGAUGGCACAGAGACAGGCUUCAUCAUACAGAGGAUACUCUGCUCUCCUGUUGGCCCUCCUCUGCACAUGUGCACUACUGACGUGGCUCUGGUCAGUCUGGACUAAUGACAUCAUGGACACUAUGGUCUCCAGAGGGGAAGUACUCACACAGCCCAGAGUGUUCAUGGUCCAGUGUUCGGAAGAUUAUCAAAAAUACAAGCACUUCCCAGGCUGCACACCUACCAAAUGUGGCCGAGCCGUUUCAGACAGCGUUGCAACCACAGAUGAGGCACAGAUACUGAAGAGGAUAGCAGAAAGGGGCCUGGCACUUGGUGGUUCAGAUGGAGGCGCAUCCAUUCUGGAUCUACACUCUGGAGCUUUGUCAAUGGGGAAAAAGUUUGUCAAUAUCUACAGUUACUUCAGUGAUCAAAUAAGAGAUAUCUUCACUGAAGAGGAUUUUGAACUCUACAGGGCUAUGCGUGGCCGCAUUCAGAAGUUGAUUGCAGAAACAUUUGGGUUGGACUACAGUAAGCUGUUCCUCACCAAGCCCACCUUCUUCUCCCGCAUCAACAGCACCACUGCUAAGACCACUCAUGAUGAGUACUGGCACCCACAUAUUGACAAGGUGACAUAUGGGUCCUUUGACUACACCUCAUUACUCUACCUAACAGAUUAUGGUGUGGAUUUUGGAGGGGGGCGAUUCAUCUUUAUGGACCCAAAUAGCAACCGAACAGUGGAGCCCCGUGCAGGACGAGUGUCUUUCUUUUCCUCAGGCUCCGAGAACCUCCACCGUGUGGAGAAGGUGGCAUGGGGCAUGCGCUACGCCAUCACUGUGUCCUUCACUUGUGACCCCGAUUAUGCUAUAGCUGAUCCCAGCUUACCAUAGGGUCCUUCUGAGUUAAUGACUGGAGCCCUGGGACAAAAAACAUAACAUGAGAAGAUACUUAAGUAUUCAAUUGAAGAUGUUUUGUUUUCUUUGGGAAAGAUUUAACAGACAUUACGAACUUAUUGACAUGGAAGAACAACAAUAACUGCAUGAGUUAAUUGCCCUGUAUUGUAUUGAAAAGAAAAAUUCACACAAAAAAUUUCCUGUGGACCUUCAUUCAGCCCCUGUUUUACUGCCUUUGACUUUCUCUGCUUGCCUUUUUACUUGUAAGUAACAUCUUGACUGUCUCCCUUUUGUCACAGUUAGAUCAGUUAUCACAGAUUGGACAAACAGCACAAGUGGAAAUUCUCAACAGGUGGUAUAAAUGAAAUUGCUCUUAAAGAACAAUUCGCUCAUGACCUGCUGAGGGAGCUUUUCAAAAGUGUUAGCAGGGGUUUAACGUUCAAUACCUUUCCUAGACUGCACCGUGUCUAUUAGAGUAAAAAUGUCUGAGCAAUGGCACUGCAUUGUGUUUUAUCGUAGCUGUUGAGAAAGUUGUCUUCUGAACAAGUGUAUUUCAGUAGCACCAUCUGUCUGUCAAUCAUAGUCCCUAUGAGAGAGGGAGUAUAAGGUCUAAACAAGCUGCGGUGCUGGAAAAGUUUAUUAAUGUAAAAUAUUCCGACUGGUCCUUAUACUGUCAUGACAUGCACGGAAAUGCAUCAAUUUGCUUGUUCCCUGGAAAGUACAUCUUAAUCUUGAAUUAAUUCUGCCAAUUCAAAUCACGACUGAGUGAUCUUUGCAAUAAAUGUCAUUUAUUGAUCUCAGUGCUUCAGGUUUAAUUGAGUGUAGUUAUGCUUAAUACACUGUUUUAUUGCUGUCAUCAGAUUAGAGUAUUAAACAGUGGUUUCCAGACCUCAACCACAUUCUUUCCCAAAAGGCAUGUCUUACUUUGCACGUUACACAAAGACUUACUCUCCACUCUGUUAUUCUCUAAUGCUUGGGCCACAAAAAAUGAAGAAAGAUUUAAAAAGACAGAAAUUGCAAAAGGUGUACUCGUUUUUAGGCUCUUCAUACAGUAUUAUCAUCUUAGAUUAUACUAUGGCAUGGAGUGUGUAACAUUUAAUCUGAACUCUUCUGUAUACCCAGUGACAACUGUGCUGAACUGAUAUCCACCAUAUUUGUUACAGAUUUGUUCAUGAGACAUUCAGGAUAAUUUAACCAAGUGUAAUGUCGAGUGUUUGGUGACUGAAGAAAAUCCAGAACAUUAUAUCUGUGGUCUCUCAGUGAAGCUCUUAUAAAUCCAGUACCAUGACGCAGGCUUUGCUGAUGGAUUUGAAGCAUGCUGAGUGAAUGGUUGAGAUUUUGAGGUGAACUUAUGAACCUCAAUUGUUCUCUUCGCUUUCUCUACUGGCCAUGGAGUGGAGUUCUGUCUGUGGGAUGCCCGGACCACAACUGAGAGGAAAAUGUGCUUUGAGAAAUACUUCAACUAAACAGAUUUGAUAAGAAGGUUAUCCAUGGAAACAUCUGAAUUAUUUAUAGAGGGUUAUACAAAGGUUUCUCUUAGAUCUAUAGCAGUAUCUCUGUCAGAAUUGUUUCUGGUGUAUGUUUCAUAUCUUUCAUGUACUUACUAUUGAACCAACACUAUUAACCAUCAUCUGGAGUUUUACUUAUAUUGUUCAGUUAUUUUAGCAUGACAUAAGAGGUUUUUAUUUAUUUAUUUAUUUAUUUAUUUAGCUUCAUCUAGUAGGCUUGCUAACCUUGGAGAGAAAAUUGAUAACCAGUAUUUAACAUCUGUUAAAUAUAAUUGACUGAGAUUUUGAAGAUGGAAAUGCAAUCUGCAGUCUGUCAUUAUAACAUGGCACUGUCAUACCUUAACUGUGGAAUGAAUGAGGCUAUUGACUAUGCAUGAUUUUGUACCAUGUUGUGUAAUUUGCAUUUGAGUCAAGUAUCAUAGUGGUUUUAUUGAGAGGUCAUUUAUGGUUAUACUUUAUUAUACACUUUGAAUUGAAACCUCAGAAUCAUACAACCACAGAUGUACUAUUCCAUUUCCACUGUAGCAAGCGGGUAAUUUUGUGUGGCUUUUAUUAUUAUUUUUAUUUGAUGGAUUCACAGUCUGAAUGUGGACUGAGCUCUAGGAUGUGAUCAGCCACAGGUUAAUAAGAAGAGUCUGUAAUAUUACUUAAUGAAUUAUCCAUUAAUUCAAUACAUAGUGUAGAAAUAAUAUGUAUUUGAUGAAUGCUUAAUUAAUCAUAUAAGGUGAUGAUAAGUGAAAGGUAUGGAAUGGGGGGGAACAGCCUUGUUCUUUACUUGAGGAUAAAUAUUAAAACAUGGUCAUUUAUUUAAAUUGUGAAGCCAUUCAUCUUUGCAGAGCUGAAGUUUCAGCUGCUGCCUUAAUGCUAUGGUUGAAUGAGGAUACAGAUAUUCUUAAAGUGAAUGGGAUUAAAGUGAAAUACUGACAAAAUCCUGCAGAUAGGCAGGCAAAAAAUGGCGAAAGUCUUAAAAAUGAAAGAACUCCUCAAAAUAUGGUAGUUGAUGAAUAUACACUUCACAUCACAAGGUGGGCCUAGGGUGCACCAUAGGAAAGAAAGCAUAUAGAUGUUAGAGACAAAUUAUGUGUGAGGUUCCAUUCAACUGUGUUAGACGAUAAUGCGUUUCCACACCACAGGAGUUGUUGUCACCUGUGGGGUAGUUUUAGCUCUUUUUUUCUUUUUCUUUUCUUUUUUUUUUUUUAUUUUUUUAUUUUUAUUUUUUUAGAUCUGUGUUGAUCUCAAUACAUCAUGAUGAACAUCAAUAGAGUCUCUCCUGCCUCUGCUAACUGGCAGUUUGUUUGAUGGAGUAUGGGAUUAAGUUUAAAUACUUGGAUCAGGGCAUAUUAUCAGUAAUGUCAGAACCCAAACAUUUACGUCAUUUGUCUUAUUCAGAAAGAAUUUAGGAGCUGCAUGCUUUGAAAGCUAUGUAAUACUAUAUUGGAAGCAAAGUCAGUAUUUCUUGCAUAGUAAUCAGACUUAAUGACUGUCCUGGUAGUUGUAUGGCUGCACUGAAGUAGUUAGUAACCCAAGCUUCCCACUGGCACGUUUACAAUCAAAUCAUGGAGGAGCUAUUUUAAAAAAGUGCUUGCAGCUAAACAUAACAAUAAACUCAGAGAAUUCAUUCCAGGAAUAUCCGAGAGGCUGUUACUGUAAAGGCGAAAUAAGUAAAUUAAUAACAAAUGAAUGUCUUUUCCCCCAACACUGUCCUGUACAGCUCAGUUAAUUUAUUAUUAAAUGUGAAUUUAGUUAAUAAGUGUUUUCCCAACAGAGCUAUUAGUUAAAACAAGACUUUCAAUAUGUACAUCUGACUCAAAUGUUC